UUGACUGGGGCAACUCAUUGCGCGGAGGGCGGCCAGACCGAGCGGACGCGUGGCGUGCAACACCAAUUCAGACUGAGGACAAGAGGGCCAACCCAAACGGGACGUGGAGUCGCGCAGUUCUUCCCCCUUCAGGAUUCGUCCUGAUACUGUGAUAUUGAAGACUGUGCCAAGAGAAAAGAUAUGGAGGACGAUCAACAGUUCUGUCUGAGGUGGAACAACCACCAGUCCACUCUCAUACAAAACUUCGACACAUUGCUGGAAUCCGGCACUCUCGUUGAUUGCACCCUGGCGGCGGAGGGGAAGUACCUUAAAGCCCACAAAGUAGUCCUCUCCGCCUGCAGUCCAUACUUUGAGGGUCUCUUAAGUGAACACUACGACAAACAUCCUGUGUUUAUACUCAAGGAUGUUAAGUUCAAAGAACUUAAAGCUAUGAUGGAUUACAUGUACAGAGGCGAGGUGAACAUCUCGCAAGACCAGCUAACGGCGCUGCUAAAAGCCGCAGAAAGUUUACAAAUCAAAGGCCUGUCCGAUAGUAAAACUGGUGGUAGCACAAGUACAACAGGCAAGAGCAGCAGCGACAGUGCGCCAACGAGGCAGACCAAAUCGACGGCUGGUCAAGCGGCAGCGACGGCCGCUCCGGUCGACAUUCCACAUACGUCUUCCGGUCUAACCAUCGAGAAGAACAAAGUUCCUAGGCAAAGUCUGCAGCAGGCCCCCGUCUGUGAUCUGCCCGAAGACUCUGCUAGUCCACAAUGCAAGGGUCUCUCAUCUAGGGAAGGUUCGACAAGCCCUACAAGAAAGCGAAAAAGACAAAGAAGGAGAAGUCUUGGCAAUGAUGAUAAUAGUAUGGAAAAUCACGAAGCGUCUAACUCGAGUGAUGCAAACCUCAGUGUGCCCCCAGUUGGUGUUGCUGCCGUGGCCGAGGAUAAGACUCACGCCGACCAAGCGGUCCCGGUCGGCAGGUCAGCCCUCAUGCAACAGCUCACCAAACCCGCCGACGAGAUGAUCCAGAUACCCAUGGAAAAGCCUGAACCGAACGAAGAAAUCAUUCAACCAAAGUCUGAGUACCUGGAUGACCAGGAGAGUGUUGAGGACCUUACGCAUCUAGAUGAUGACAUGAACGACAUGGAAAUGGACCAGGACAGUAGACCAGGCCCAAGUACUCAAGACGGUUCUCAACACCCUGGUAUGGCACAUUGGCACAUGGCUGGAGAUAGGAGCAACACGUCGGUUGGAGCGGCAGCUGGAGCACCUGGUGUCAACGACGAAGUAUUCUUGGCCGCGCAAGAGGCUGCCCAAGCGCAACGCGACUCACAAGUUGCAGAGAUGCAAAGCACAAUAGUGAUAAAAGAAGAGCCGAGUUACUACAGUCAAUGCGUGAUCAAAGAAGAGCCCGAGGAUUUAUCGAUCAGGGUACUCGAUGUCACGAGUAUUUCGUUGCAGGAGAUGGAAAAACUAAGCCGCGGUCAUAACAUACUGGAAAAUCCUGUGGCGUUGAUCAAACGAAGACUUCGACAAAACCUACUUCAGCGAAUGUCGGUCGACGAGAUUAAACCAUUUUUCGCUGAUUUAGCCGAGGCCAAGCCAUUUUCCGACACCGAAACCGAGGCUAAAUUCGAGCUUCCAAGGCCCAGUAACGCGGUUGCCACAGUACUGCAAGAGCAGAAACCUGACUACAUGUUUCAGAAUUUGUUCAACGGUUGUGAUGACCACCAAAAGUUACUAACCCCACAGAAGGUGCUAAACGUCAACGAAUACUUGAAGCGUAAGCGUGGCAGACCACGCAAGAAUCGUGAAAUCAUCGAGAUCUAUCCGAAACUCAACGGGAACAUCACGAAAAGGAAACGUGGGAGGCCGCGUAAAAGCGAGGUUAAGGAUAGAAUUGAAUCUCCGAUUGUUCAGACUGUCGAGAUAACGAAGAAACCCGACAGCCAUUACUUCCGCGAGGAGAUUCUCAUGACAAGACUGAGAAACAAGCGUCUGUAAAGUUAUAAAGUAUGUGUGUGAUUAAAAAGUAAGAGACUUCGUGAAGAAAAAUAACUCGCAAAAGUGUUCUAAGGGAGGGAAAUCGAGCUUUAUGUAGUGGGCGAACUUCUUCCUUUUGUCAAUUGAUUUGGGCUGGUUAUAAAAUGGUAAAGUAUAUCUUAGAAUUAGAGAAAAAAGGAUAUGUGCAACAAUUUUUUACGUAUUGGCUUAGGAUAUGGCUAAUUUAUGUACUUGAUACUUUUUAAAAGUUCCUGGAUUGAGGUUCCUAAAAAGAAAAAGAAAUUCCUAAAAAAAUUAAGUGUUAUCGCAUGUUUUUUUUCAUUUUAAUUUCAAAAAGAAGAAUGUUCUAUUUAUCCUUUAUACUGAAUUGUUACAAGAUUGAACUUGACAAAAUGAAAUUCCUUUUGUUUUAUAAAUUACGGAUUCUAGAUUCUAAAGUUUGAGUCUCGAUUUUCUUAAUCUAAUUAUGUUUUAGUGACUCUUUGAGUUUGAGCACAAUAACAAUGUUUGCUGGAUAAUAAAGAAAACGGCUUUUGAGGUGAUUUAACUAUAGCUUAAGUAAGAUCGUGAUACAUAUUAAACGUGUAAU